GCCUUAUCGCCUUUCCCUCCGUGCUAGGGGCAACACCGUUGAAGUGGGUGCCAGACCCAAUCAUUUUCUGCGUUAUUAAUUCUCCAGCGGGAAGGCGGAUGGAUUAGAGAGAAAAAAAUAGAGAAAAAAAAUUCAACGAUCCGCUAAAGCUUUCGGGCGUCAUCAACUUUUUUUUUAGGCCUUCUGCCCUGGUCGAGUCACUGGACAGCUCGAGCUCCAUCCCCUAGCGCACGCUUUGCCUGCUUUUCCUACAAUCGACUUGAAAUAUCGUCUUGACAAUAUCCUUUUGUCGUCCUUAUUUUCCCUGCUAUUGUCAUUGUUAUUGUUCCCUGUUCCCCCUGUGGUGGUGUUGAUCCCGGUUCCGGAGCCCGAAGCAGAUGGCUUCACAACAGUCAAUGAGAGCCCUCGCCAGGGCUGGCCCAAUCGGCCCCAAUGGCGUCGCAUCACGAGCCUUUUCCACGGCUACCAAGGCCAUGAUGAUGCGAUCUGCCGCCCGGCCCUCUGUCGCCAUGAAGCUGGCCAACUCGGGUCGCAUCGCCUUCCGCAGAGCCUACGCCGAUGAAGCCCCCAAGCCCAAGCCGGGCAAGCUGCGUAAGACAUUCAGAUGGGCCUGGAGACUGACCUAUCUCUCUGCCAUUGGCCUCGUUGGAUUCACUGCCUACAACAUCUACGACGAUCGCCACCCCGACGAGCAGUACGAGCCUGAUCCCAACAAGAAGACGCUGGUCAUUCUGGGCACUGGCUGGGGAUCUGUUGCUCUCCUCAAGAAGCUCGACACCGAAAACUACAACGUCGUCGUUGUCUCUCCCCGCAACUACUUCCUCUUCACCCCCCUACUGCCCUCAUGUACCACCGGCACCAUCGAGCACCGCUCCAUCAUGGAGCCUGUCCGCGCCAUUCUCCGUGGCAAGAAGGCCGCCGCCAAGUUCUACGAAGCCGAGGCCACCUCCAUUGACCCUGAUCGCAAGGUUGUGCGCAUUGCCGAUAACUCUGAGAUCAAGGGCGCCACCUCCGAGACGGAGAUCCCCUACGACAUGCUCGUCGUUGGCGUCGGCGCCGAGAACGCAACCUUUGGCAUCCCCGGCGUCAGGGAGCACAGCUGCUUCCUCAAGGAGAUUGGUGAUGCCCAGCAGAUCCGCAAGAAGAUCAUGGACUGCGUUGAGACUGCCGCCUUCAAGGGCCAGACUCCCGAGGAGAUUGACCGUCUCAUGCACAUGGUCGUCGUUGGUGGUGGCCCCACUGGCGUUGAGUUCGCUGGCGAGCUCCAGGACUUUUUCGAGGAGGACAUCAAGAAGCUGGUCCCCGACAUCAGCCCUCGCUUCAAGGUUACCCUGAUUGAGGCCCUGCCCAACGUUCUCCCCAUGUUCUCCAAGACUCUCAUCGACUACACCGAAAACACCCUCCGUGAGGAGAAGAUUGACAUCAAGACCAAGACCAUGGUCAAGAGAGUUACCGACAAGGCUGUCGAGGCCGAGGUGUCCCGCCCUGACGGUACCAAGGAGCGUGUCGAGAUCCCCUACGGCCUGCUCGUCUGGGCCACCGGAAACGCCGUCCGCCCCAUCAUCAAGGACCUUACCACCAAGAUUGCUGCGCAGAAGGACUCCCGCCGUGGUCUUGCCGUGAACGAGUACCUCGUUGUCCAGGGAACCCGCGACAUCUGGGCCGUUGGUGACUGUGCCGUUGCUGGCUACGCCCCUACUGCCCAGGUCGCCUCGCAGGAGGGCACCUUCCUUGGAAAGCUGUUCAACAACAUGGCCAAGACUGAGAACCACGAGGCCCGUAUCCAGGAGCUGAGCAGCAAGCUGAACAUUGAGAGCGGCAACUCUGCCGAGGCUGCUCAGGAGAUUGAGCUUCUGGAGAGACAGCUCAAGAAGAUUCGCGAUGUCAAGCCCUUCAAGUACAGCCACCAGGGAAGCUUGGCCUACAUUGGCAGCGAGAAGGCCGUUGCCGACGUCAGCUGGUGGAACGGCAACCUGGCCACCGGCGGUAGCCUGACCUAUCUCUUCUGGAGAAGUGCCUAUCUCUCCAUGUGCUUCAGCACACGCAACCGUGUUCUGGUUAUCGUGGACUGGCUCAAGUCCAAGGCUUUCGGCCGUGACGUCUCCCGAGAGUAGACUCUUUAGACGAAGAAAAGAAAGAGAAGGGAGCAUAGAGAGAAGGGAGAACCAAAAUUGGCGCAGGAAGAGCGGCUGGUUGACCGCAGCUUUUGAAGCAACCACUACCUAUUCUAUCAUGGGGCACAUGAAUCUCGCAUAUGCAUGAUUGCUCGCGGGCGUCUGUUCUGUGUGUUGAGCGGAGACUUGUUUUAUCGUUUCUUUUUUUAUGACAUAGAGAAGGCGUCUUUAACCGCCUGGGCUGGAGACUAAUAAAAAGCCGGAUUGGGUGCGAGGUUAGGAUACCUCCUUUGUUUUGUAACUAUUACCUGUAUUCUUGUUUUCAUACAUAUCACGGGGGUUGGGGGAGACUACGAAGUAGGUUGUUGUGAGAAUUGCAAAGGGUGAUUAUAUGAAGAUUUUGUCCUUUAGUCGGAUUGCUGUGUCUAUCUUCUAAAUAGUGUCUAUAUAAACAUGCUGUUUAUUGUCCUGGG